AUGUAUAAAAUAACUUCAUUCUUAAGCUUUACCCAACAGGCCCACUCCUUAUCUUUAUGUACAAAGGACUGGUUUUCCCUUUUACUCGAUAUCUCAAAAAUCGCCGCACCAUACCAAAAAUAUCUCACCACUCAAAUUCAGCUGUCAAUGGACGCUAGCCGAGAAGCUGACAUCUCUGUGUUGCCUGAAGGUUGCAUAUCAGACGUGCUGUCGUUUACGACUCCUCGCGAUGCCUGCACUUUGUCCACCGUCUCUUCUCUGUUCAACAAUGCCGCCCAAUCCGACGCAGUCUGGGAGAGGUUCCUGCCUGCUGAUUUUCGCUCGAUUAUCUGUCGCUCCGGCGAUCAUCAUUCUCUUUUGGCUUCCUCCUCUUCAAAGAAACACCUCUUCUUCAGACUCUGCCAAAACCCAAUCCUCAUCGACGACGGCAGAAGGAGUUUUGUGUUGGAUAAAUGGACUGGGAAGAAAUGUUAUAUGCUGUCUGCAAGAGACCUCGCAAUUGUCUGGAGCGAUACUCCCGAUUAUUGGAGAUGGGUACCCGACCCGGGUUCCAGAUUUGCAGAAGUGGCUGAGCUUAUCGGAGUAUGUUGGCUUGAAAUCAAUGGCAGAAUUAAUACACAAAUGUUGUCCCCAGCAACAAUGUAUACAGCUUACUUGGUGUUCAAAUUAGCAACAGGAGCUUCUGGGUUUCGAUCCCAGAAUGCAGAGGUCAGUGUGGGACUUGCAGGAAGUACUUUCAGCUUUAAGCGUAGUGUUCUUUUGGACGCAAGAAUAGGACGGGGGCGUAAUUUGCUUCUCGACAACUGGUUCGGGUCGAAAGCAUAUGUGCCUGCUGGAGGAGGCGAUGGCAGAUACCCUGAAGUGAGAAAAGAUGGAUGGCUGGAGAUUAAAUUGGGGGAGUUUUUGAACAAGGAAAGCGAAGAUGGGGAAUUGGAGAUGAGUAUUACGGAGGUGAAAGGUGGUCACUGGAAACAUGGCCUUGUCGUUCAAGGAAUAGAGAUUAGGCCAAAAAUAGAGUAAUUAGGGAUAAUCUUGUAGGUUUAUUUUAAUUAAUUAAUAAGAACCAUUGUAAUCUUUUCGUUAAUUUAUGAUUAUACCUAAAUGUUUUAAUUUUG